GAAGGCUCAGACCGGAAAGAGUAGUUGUCUGUCUUCGUGCCAGUCAGAGCACGUCUUUCUCCACAACUGCAGAGAAGAUGGCGGCGCUACGAAUCUCGGUGCUAUCGGGGGGUGGGAGAGCCCUCCUUAGCACACCGAAAACUAUCAAGACCCGAGUGGCCAAAAUGUCUUUCGCCAGUUUGCCUCGGAGCAAAAAGGUUGCCCUGACGACAGUGGGCGUGGUCACAGCCGGCGGCGCGGGUCUCGCCCUGAUGCUGCACCAGUCAGUCAAAGCCUCCGACCUGGAGCUCCACCCCCCACAGUACCCCUGGAGCCACGCUGGACCUCUGUCCUCUCUGGACCAUGCUAGCAUUCGUCGUGGUUACCAGGUGUACAAGCAGGUGUGUGCAGCCUGCCACAGUAUGGAGUACCUGGCCUUCAGAAACCUGGUGGGAGUCUCUCACACAGAGGAAGAGGUCAAGACCAUCGCCGAGGAGGUUGAGGUCGUGGACGGCCCCGACGAGAGUGGAGAGAUGUUCACCCGGCCGGGAAAGCUGUCGGACUACUUCCCAAAGCCGUACCCCAACCCCGAGGCCGCCCGCAACGCCAACAACGGGGCGCUGCCUCCAGAUCUCAGCUACAUCGUCAAUGCGAGACACGGAGGAGAGGACUACGUGUUCAGUUUGCUCACCGGAUACUGCGAACCCCCGGCAGGGGUGGAGGUGAGGGAGGGACUCUACUACAACCCGUACUUUGUUGGCCAGGCCAUCGGCAUGGCGCCGCCCAUCUACAACGAGGUGCUGGAGUUCGAUGACGGAACCCCUGCCACCAUGAGCCAGGUGGCAAAAGACGUGUGUACGUUCCUGCGGUGGGCCGCCGAGCCGGAGCACGACCAACGCAAACGCAUGGGACUGAAGCUGCUGAUGGGCACCGUCAUCCUGGUCCCGCUGCUCUACUACAUGAAGAGGCACAGGUGGUCCGUGCUGAAGAGCAGGAAAAUCGCCUACAGGCCUCCCAAGUAAACGGAGAAGGCUCUCACCCCGUACCUGGGCCUAAAACCUGCCGUUGAGGGCCGCGUUCAACGACCCCACAACGCUCGCCUGGAGACAGACGACCCAUCGGACAAAACGACCAACACACGCUCGCCUUUGAGAGGAAGUAGAGAAACGAGAAUAUAUGUAUUUGUUUAUGUCAAAAAGAGCCCAGGCCCUGUUUUCCACCGAGAGUUGUGUUGUUGUUUUUGAACGCAGCCUCCACAAAGGUUUGUUUUCAUCUGGCAGCGGUUCAGGUCCUGACGUCUCGUAUCUGACUCUUCGCCGACCGACGAGUCGCUCGACCGCCGAGUAAUGAUUGCAUUAUGGUUUGUAACAUGCUGGGUGUGUGUGUAAGUCCAUUUCCCCCCCCCCCCCUCACCCCCACACAAAGCCACUCGGCGGACACAAUGCAACCUCUGUUUUACUGUACAAAAUAAAUUAUCUUAAAGGAAA